UCUCGGCGCCGCAGUUCACGGCAAGCAGCCCCGACCGUCGGCCGCUUUCUCCGACACGCGGCCGCUCUCAGUCCUCCGGAGAGCGUCCGACCGUGCGGUGAUGCCACGCCCGCCCCGGAGCGAGCGCUUCUAAUCAACUUCUUGUUCUGGGUUUCUCUUUCCUUCUCAAUAAUGAGAAAAGACCGUCUCCUCCUGGCCGUCGCCCUCACCGCCCUCUUCUCCGCUGACCUCUACUUCAUCCUCUUGCCAAAGCUGCGGAGCGCCGGGGAGGGAUCGGGACGCUUUUGUCCGUGCCGCCACCGCCGCAACUCCAGCCUCCCCGGUCAGUCCUCCAGCUGGAUUUCGUUCCCGCUCCAGGACGUGGCCCCUUCCGGACCCGGCGCCGGAGGCUCCAAGCUCGACGGCUUGUUCGCCCAUCCGCUGUACAACAUCCAGAACCCCACGCUGGGGCCGGACGAGAGGCUGCUGCAGGUGGACCAGCUGAUGGACUACUUCAAGAAAAAGGUGGCACGAUGGGAAAGACACUUGAAGUUGUACAACGAAGCCGCGGCCGCCUCCAACAUCACCGUGAGCGAGCACCAAAUGGCCUUCGACGCCGACGCCAGCUGGCUCGAGUUCCACGCGGGAAUAAGCCGCCGCGCUCUGUACUCCCGCCGCGACCCCGCGAUCGCGCGGCUGCUCCUGGACAUGCGCGACAUGACGGUGGUCAACGCAGAUUACACUCAAGACGAGAAGGCGCUGAAAGGAGCGUGUGACUGCAGCCAAGUGGUGAAGCCGAGUGGACACCACCUGAAACUGGCACUGAAGAUGCAGAACUUUGGCAAGGCCAUGUUCAAGCCAAUGAGGCAGCGCAGGGACGAGGAGACUCCCGAAGACGUCUUCUACUUUGUCGAUGUCCAGAGGCACAAUGCGGAGAUUGCUGCUUUUCACCUGGACAGGAUCCUGGACUUCCGCCGAGUUCCGCCUGUGGUUGGCCGGUUUCUGAACCUCACCGGCGAAGUCCUCCAAGUCACCCGAAAUGACGACCUGCGGGCUGUCUUUUUCACCUCACCUGGUAGCUCGGCUUCUUCUUCUUCUUCUUCUUCUUCUUCGAUUCCGCUGUUAUUGAUUGGGCGAUUGGCGUCAUCUAGUGGGCCCAACAACACGUGUUUUUUCGCCAAGUGCCUGUACGUGUGCAAGACGGAAUACGCCGUGUGCGGGAGCCCCGACCGGCUGGAGGGCUCCCUCUCCGCCUACCUGCCGGGCCUCAGCAUCGCCCCCCGCAUCUCCAUCCCCAACCCCUGGGCGCGCUCGUACACCUUCACCGGACAGGAAGAGUGGCAGGUGAAUCCGUCCUACUGCGAUACCGUCAAGAAGCUUUAUCCGUACAGUUCGGGCAACAGGCUCCUCAACAUCAUUGACAUGUCCAUCUUUGACUUUCUGAUUGGUAACAUGGACCGACACCACUACGAGAUUUUUACCAAAUUUGGAGAUGAAGGAUUUCUCCUCCACUUGGACAAUGCCAGAGGAUUUGGGAAGCACAGCCAAGAUGAGAUGUCCAUUCUUGCCCCGCUAUCUCAGUGCUGCAUGAUUAAGCGCUCCACUCUGUUAAGGCUCCAGCUGUUGGCCCACCCGCAGUUCAGACUGAGUGACGUGAUGCGGGAGUCCCUGCAAAAAGACCCCCUGCGGCCCAUCCUGACGGAAGCCCACCUCUCCGCCCUGGACCGCAGGCUCCUGAAGCUCCUGCGGGCGGUCCAGCGCUGUACGCGGAAGCUGGGCGACGAGAGGGUCGUCGCCGACGACUUCAUCGGCGAUACGGUGAACCCUCGGGCCAGCGCUCAGAGCAAAAAGGCCAGAUAGCGGCAGAGGAUGAACGUCCACUCCGCGUCUUAAGACUUCAUGGUGAAGUGCAGCCGUUUCGAUUUUAACGGAACGAGCCGGCGAUCAGUGCGAUUUGCUGUCAAUCUGGAGAGCGUGCGCAGAAAACGCAUUGAGCGGUGCGUUUGCGACAAGCCUGUUCUCGCACACGGGCACAUAUCAGAAGAUUGUUGUUCAAACAGAAAGAGAAAGCACAAUAAUGGGUGAUGGAUACACUCGUUUAUCAUGUGUUGUUAUUCAAGGAUCAUGCACGAGAAUGGAUUGCUUGUGAAUAUGUUGGAAUCGAUGCAAAGUAACCACCCCUGUUCAAAUCAGAGCUUUGUGUGACCAAAAAAAAAAAAAAAAAAAAAAAAAAAACCCCAACAAACAAAACAAGACCAAAAUAAAGAUUUGGCACUAUUUAAAGUGCCUCUAAAUAACUGUAAAACAAGUCUGGUGUGGCGGAGAAAUGUGUUAGAAUAGUUCAGGACAUGCAUGAGGGCAGCAGAACAGCGGUGAGAUGUGCCAGAAGAAUUUAAGGUGGACGUGGGACUGCAUCAGGGAUCCGCGCCCAGCCCCUUCCUGUUUGUUGACCUUGUUAGGUCACAAUGGUGGAAAAAAGUUUUGAAAUUACUUUUCAUUUUUGUUUUCUCAAGGUCACAAAAACCUUGUUGAACAAGGGAUGUGUUGACCUUUUACAUCCUCUAUACCAGGGGUUCAAACUCAUUUUCGUCACGGACCACAUUGUCAUUCUGGUUUCCCUCAGAUGGCCGUUAUGACUGAAAAUAUAGAAAUCUUUAUCCGUCUCAUCAUAUUUACAGAUGAAAUUUAUAAACUAGUUUUGAGGUCAGAAAUCUAGGCUAAAUGUGUUUGACUAUUAUUGAUGUGUGGUAAGAUUAAAAAAAAACACUUGCUGUAUCUCAAUGUUAUCAUUUAUGAUGAGUUUGAAAUUUGUGCACAGAUAUGAUCAAGAAUCACAGAAGUUAACACACAUGAUUUACCUUCACGGGCCACAUAAAAUCAUGUGGUGGUCCGGAUCUGGCCCUCAGGAUUCGAGUUUGACAUCUGUGCUCUAAACGUUGAAAAAAAAAAAAAAAAUCUCCAAAACAUUUGGUUAAUUGCAUUUGAAUGAAUUCAAAUUCAACAGCGCCAUGUAUUCUCCUAGUGGCCAAUGACUGAACUGCACCUCCCUCCCCAACACACACAAUGGAAAAUUGAAAUUACAUCACCAGUACCAAAGUGCAAUAAAUAAAUAUGAAAAACAAAAGACACCUGAUCCAGAGAGCUGUAUUCUUUUUUUUUUUAUUGCUUAAACUGCCAUCUGGAACAAUCUAUACCAAAAAAAAAGGAUAAACAUCUUUGCACAUACAGGAGGGUCAAAACUGAAUACAGGGGAAGAAUAGAAAAAAGGAAUGGUCCUCUGAUGGGCCUUGUGGAUCAGCGCCGACCUGCUUCAAGGUCGGAGCCAGCGGGAGCGACCGACGACUACUGUAAGCCCAGGAAAAAAGUUCAGCGGAGGCAAACCGGGACGACUGCAGUGUGGCUAAAAACAUUUACAACCCGUUCCUGACGUUGCCGCUAUUUACACAGAGACCCCCCUCGUCGGAACCAACCCCUUCGUCCCUAUCCAGAAUCUUUUUCCUGUGGAGCGGGAUGGAUAAGAAGUGACUAAAUCCGCAAGGAUAGCCUGAGCGGGAGGAUGACCAGUGACUACUCUGCAAAUCAGCAUUAAAAUUUGAUCAACGAUGACUCAAGGAAUGAAGUUAGGCUGAAAUGACUUUAUAAUCGUGUAAUAACAAAAAUAUUCAAUAACAAAAGUGGUCGCUUUCUGCGCAAAGCUGCCGCUGUCGAGGAUGUCUAGACGACGUCACGCCGAAUGAGCACAGACAGAACAACUCGCAAGCAGUCGGCGAAAAAAAAAAAAGUUUGAAAUAAAUAACUCGCUUCUUAAUACCUAAAAUACCUUUGAUGUCCCGAAAUAUGUUUCGUUACACCAUUUCAUCUACUCGAGGAAAAAAAAAAAAAUCAGAAGCCAUUAUUACACAAUACAAUUUCAUACUGUUGUGUUGAUCGACAAGAAGCGUUUAUUUACUUUGUGGCACUGGACAGCUAAAAUAGUAAUUUAUGGAAAAAUAAGUGUUUACA